UCGUCCUUUCUGGUAUCUUUUGACAAAGUAUAAAAAAGUUAAUUCAUGAGAAAAGAAUAAUUAUUUAUUUUCAUAUUUUCUAUAAAGUAGCAUCCAUUUAUUAAAUUUAAUACUUUCUACAAAUUUUGUCUUUAAUGGCUGAAUCGGAAAACAAAAAUACUCGUAAAGUUGCAUUUAUAACUGGAAUCACGGGACAAGAUGGGUCUUACCUUGCUGAAUUUUUGAUUGAGCGUGGAUAUGAAGUUCAUGGUGUCAUUCGUAGAUCAAGUUCUUUCAAUACGGGAAGAAUUCAACAUCUGUAUGAUGAUCCACGUGCUCAUCGAGAAGGCUCUAUGCAUUUACAUUAUGGAGAUUUGACUGAUAGUUCAUGCCUUGUCAAGUUGAUUAGUCAGAUCCGUCCUACAGAAAUUUAUAAUUUAGGAGCUCAAAGUCAUGUUAAGGUUUCUUUUGAUUUAAGCGAGUACACUGCCAAUGUUGAUGCUCUGGGCACAUUGCGAAUGCUUGAUGCGAUUCGCACAUGUAAAUUAGAAAAAAGAGUCAAAUUCUAUCAAGCUUCUACCAGUGAGAUGUUUGGAAAAGUUCAAGAGGUGCCUCAGAAGGAAACAACUCCAUUUUAUCCAAGAUCACCAUAUGUUAGCAUUUUGUAUGAAUUUUUCCAGUAUUUGGCUCAUAGCUUUUCAACUUUGGUCAUCAAACUAAAACUGUAUGCAUACUGGAUUGUUGUUAACUACAGAGAAGCUUAUGAUAUGUUUGCAGUGAAUGGAAUUUUGUUCAAUCAUGAAAGUCCAAGACGAGGGGAGACAUUUGUCACCCGUAAAAUUACAAGAAGUGUAGCUAAAAUAUUUCUUAAUCAACUGGAAUACUUUGAGCUUGGAAAUUUAGAUUCUCAAAGAGAUUGGGGACAUGCCAAGGACUAUGUUGAGGCAAUGUGGAUGAUGUUGCAACAAGAUAAACCUGAAGAUUUUGUUAUUGCAACUGGUACCUCUCAUAGUGUUCGGGAUUUCGUCGAAGCUGCCUUUAGCAAUGUGGGGAUAAAUAUUGUAUGGAGAGGAUCAGGUCCUAAUGAAGUUGGAGUUGAGGAAAAAACAGACAUAGUAAGAGUUCGUGUGAGUCCCCGGUACUUCCGACCUGCAGAAGUGGAUUGUCUCCUGGGUGAUUCUUCAAAAGCUAGAGAAAAACUUGGAUGGGGACCAAAAUUGGGCUUUCAGGAACUUGUUCAUGAAAUGGUGAAUGCUGAUAUACAGCUAAUGAGUCUAAAUCCUUCUGCUUAACUAGUUGUCCAAUAUUUUUGACAGCUUCUUACUGGAUAAAUAAAGAAUGGACAUUCCUGGUGAUAAUACA